AAGUUUGAAAAGCUUGACAAAGAUGCAUAAGCACAGGCACAAACCCAAACCAAACGCUAUCUCUUUCACUUCCAUACACCCUUUCUUUUGCUUCUUCCAAAAACUUCCCCAACUUCAAUCCCUCCAAGUAAUCCAAUCCCCACCCGCCAGCUUCUCUUCCCCUUCUCUCAAUACUCAAUCCGCCAUAGCCAAAUUCCGCCUUCAAUGGACGAAUCCGAGACGUACCCUAAGGAGUACUACAAUGAUCGGAGCAGAGCAGAUGGAAUCCGUACUUCAUCGGCGUUGUCUUCUUCGUCGACCACCAGUGUCCACGUUACGGCACUGGACGGUCUCGUCAACGUCAAUUCACUUUUCACCAUCGCUGUAUUUGUAGGGCUUUCGUUGACCACGCCUGGGCAGCAUAGUCUCCAGAAUUCCUCGGUCUGCGAUGCUGGCAUUGACGUCGCUCGGAAGCUUCUGGUUUUCGAGGUCGUGUCGUUUAGCUUUUUUCUGUUCUCGUCUCUUGUGGCGCAGGGUUUGAAGCUUGCCAUUAAUCUUUUGAAUAGUAAGGAUGUGGAUGAGGCGUUUAGGGCACACAUCAAUCUGAAGGUGCUGAGAUUAGGGAUGUUGGCUUCCGCCGUUGGAUCGGUCAUGGGUUGCUUGUUUCUGAUGCUGUCCAUGGUGAAUGUCAUCCAAAUUCGCCUUGGAAUGCUGUCCUGUGGAAGCAAGUCCGCGGUUCAUGCUGUGACUGCGCUUCUUGUUCUGGUUACCUCUGCUCUUUUGUUACACGUAUUCUUGAGCUGCCCUCUGUUGGUUUCCCUUGACCUCCAUUGCACUCUAUUUGAGCUUAUUUCAGCUGCGCAAUGUUAAAGAAUAUGAAUAUACCCUCACCUAUCAGCUUAAAGUGUUUUAGAGUUUAGUGAUCACUACUAUGGUUUGAACUCUUAAUUUAAGCUUUUGGGUUUAAUGGUAGUUUAAUAUGUAUUAGCACAUUAGCUUUUGAGUUUAGGGUAGUUUAAUAUGUAUUAGCACAGGAGGCUGUGUUCAAGGCCUUAAACUGUGAAGUUGAGAUUUUAAGGUUAGUGUCAUUGUAACAUUUACCUUGAAUGGCUUUUUGUGUAUAUUGUUAUGAGAAAUGGGAAUGACCCUCUUCGUAUAUUGUCUACUUUUGAGCUAGACCA